CUCUAGCUCUUCCCAUAGCAACAGCAACGAGAUGACGUGGGAAGGUAGCUGUUCAAACACAUGCAUUUUACUAGGAUAAAUCAAAUUGUGCAAACAGCUAUCCAGAUGUAUGAUGCUUCUGAGUGUGGAAUGAAAUAGCAAGACAUCUAAAAAGUUCACAUACAGCUUACAUACAUAUCAGCAUCACUCUCUCUCUCUCUCUCUCUCUCUCUCUCUCCGUUCUCUCUCACGCGCCAUCGUUCAUCACUCGUCACACCCACUCCUCGGAACCGCUGCUCACCGAUUCUCACCGAACCGUAACACCCAAACAGCUCUAGCAUGUCUUCGGAAGGAUUAGGCGAGACUUUGGUGAUUCGGUUCGGACUGAUAAACGCCGAUAACAAAUAUCUGACAGCGGAGACGUUUGGUUUUAAAAUCAAUGCCUCCGCGAGUUCCAUGAAGAAGAAGCAGGUGUGGACCCUGGAGCAGUCCGGAGACCACGUAGACUCCAAUGCCGUGUUCAUAAAAAGCCACCUGGGUCGCUACCUCUCCACCGAUAAGGACGGCAACGUGACCGCGGACAGGGAGCAGCCCUGCCAGGAUUGUCGGUUCCUCGUGAUCGCCCACGACGACGGCCGGUGGUCCCUGCAGUCCGAGCCCCACUCGCGCUACCUGGGCGGGACCGAGGACCGGAUUGCGUGCUUUGCGCAAAGCAUUUCGCCUGCGGAGAAAUGGAACGUGCACCUUGCCGUCCAUCCUCAGGUGAACGUGUACAGCAUCGCGCGUAAACGGUAUGCGCACCUGUGCACCAAGAGGAACGAGCUCGCCGUGGACCGCGACGUGCCAUGGGGUGUGGACUCGCUGCUCACGCUUGUGUACCUGGACCACCGGUAUCAUCUGCAGACCGCCGACAACCGCUUCCUCACGUGCAGCGGUGCCCUGACAGCCAAACCGGACACGGGCACUGGUUUCACGCUGGAAUUUCGCGCGGGGAAGGUGGCUUUCCGGGACGCCACUGGCAAAUACAUCGCGCCCACGGGCCCCACCGGGACCUUGAAGUCUGGGAAGAGCGCACGAGUUGGCAAAGAUGAGCUGUUUGUCCUCGAGCAAAGUCACGGGCAAGUGGUGCUUACCGCCAGCAACGAGAGAAACAUCUCCAUGCGCCAGGGGGUUGAUUUAUCAGCCAAUCAGGAUGAGGAGUCUGAUCAGGAGGUGUUUCAAAUGGAAAUGAACAGGGAGACAAAGUGCUGUGCCUUCCGAUCUUGCAAUGGGAAGUACUGGAGUCUGACCCCAAGUGGAGCGAUCCAAUGCUCUGCCUCCACUAAAUCACCCAGUUGUUUCUUUGACCUUGAGUGGAAAGGGUCAAAAGUCGCACUGAAGGCCAGUAAUGGAAAAUACCUGGCAGCCAAGAAGAACGGACAGCUGGCGGCUGCUGUGGACUCUGCAGGUGAGCAAGAGGAGUUUGUGUUGAAACUCAUCAACAGGCCAUUGAUAGUGCUGCGUGGGGAACAUGGUUUCAUUGGUUGCCGCAAACAAGGAACCGGAACACUUGAUUCCAACCGCUCAUCCUAUGAUGUCUUCCAGUUAGAGUACAACAACAACGCUUACAGCCUCAGAGACUCAGUGGGGAAGUAUUGGACUGUUGAGGCAGACGGCUCUGUGAUCAGCAGUAGCAGCACACCUGUCUAUUUCCACUUUGAGUUCUGUGAUUAUAAUAAAGUGGCCAUUAAGACAAAGGAGGGCAAGUAUCUUAAGGGAGACCAUGCUGGGGUGCUCAAAGCCAGUGGUCAGGGGAUUGCUGAGGCAACAUUGUGGGAAUACUGAUAAAUAUUCAUGAAUCUACACACACACACACACACACACACACACACACACACACACACACACACACACAAACAUGUGUGUUCUGUAAACCUAUACAUAAGCAUACCACAUUCUCUACAGCAUAAGCACAAGAUGAUAACAUACAGUCUAUAUCACAUAAUACACUAAAAUAUCUCAACAUAAUCUAAUGGAUCAAGACAAAAACAAAUUUGAAUGUAAAAGUAUAAACAAAAGCACACAUUUUCACAAAGCAGUUAUCACAAUGCACAAAUUAUCUUAAACAUAAAAAUCUUAUUAAAUUAAAUGAAUAGUUCAGCUAAAAAUAUGAAUUCUGUCAAUUCUGAAACCUGUAUGACUUUCUGUCUUCUGUGGAGCAUAAAAGGCAAUAUUUUUACGAAUAUUGGGGGCAAACAACACUUAUGAUUUUUGUUGAAUGGACAAAAAACAUUUGAAGAUUUUAAAUCUUAUAAAUGUUUAAAAUAUCUUCCUUUGUGUUCUAUAGAAAAAAAAAAUCAAACAUAUUUGGAAGGCCAGAAUAAAUGAUGACAGAAUUUUCAUCUUUGGGUGUAUUAUCCCUUGAAGAGAACCACAAAUUGAUGGUAUACUUAAAAAAUAAAAAUAAGAAGAAGAAUAGAGAAUUAAGAAGAAUAGAAUUAAACAUUUUUAGUUUAAUGUCGCACAAACUGUUGAUGUUCUUUGCUCAAUGAUUAAGAUAAUGGUAACACUUUACAAUAAGAUUUCAUUUAUGUUAACCUGUUAACCAAGAUUUCAACAGAUUAACUACGUAAGUGAACAUGAACGACACUUCUACAGUAUUUAUUAAUCUUAGUUAAUGUUUCAAUAUUAACUAAUACAUUUUCAAAUCAAUUGUAUUUGUUAACAUUAUUUAUUGCACUGUGAACUAACAUGAACAAUGCAGAACUGCAUUUUUUAAUAACUAAUUCUAACAACAAUAAAUACAUUGCUCAGUGUUAGUUUAUGUUAGUUAAUACAUUAUCUAAUGUUAAUACUUACAACCUUAAUAUGAAGUGUUACCAAGAUAACUGAUUAAUUGGAUGAAAUUCUGUCAUGAAACUAAAUACAUUGCGCAAUUUAACGCACAUCUUGUAGGCUCAUUCAAGUCACUGUCAUUGCCUCUCAGAUGGUCUCAUAUUUCGCUCCAUUCAAUAGCUGUUUCUAGGAAAUUCAGAAUCUAAAUGUGCUAUUACACAAUGGUCAGUAAUUUGCUUAUGCAAAAUGGGCAUACAGCCAUGUCUCAUAAGCUGAGCCUUCAGCCAUAGAGUUUGUUCCUGCUCCCAAAAACAUUUUUAGAGUGAACUGGCUUUUGUAAUAAGGCCAUGUUUUAAAUAGCUGCACCUUGGCUCAGAGAAAUAAUCUUGUUCACAUCAGAGACAUUAAUAUUUCCUUACACACACAAACACAGGUACACAAGAUGAGUCAAAAAAAAAAAUCAUUUGUUUGUCAAAUUGAUACUUGUGGUAUUUGUGGCCAUUUUGGGUUACAUGACUUGUUUUCGGCGUUGUUCUGACUACAGGAACAACCGUGUUUUUUAUGUAACUCCAGCUAAUUGUUGAUAACAUGUUGAUUUGCACUUUUUCAGCUAAAGCUUUUUCAUGUGAAUGUGUUGAAAGAGAAAGACGAAGUGUUUGUGCCUUCCCUAGUGGGACAAGAUCUCCUGAGGUGUGAAAAUGCAUUUUUUUGAACUUCAUUUUUAUUCUCAUUAUGUGCCAUUUGCAACUGGACAUGACAAUGAAAUAAAUAGAAAAUGUUGGAAAGUAAAUACUUAAA